UCGCGGCGGGUAGCGAUGACGUCACGGACAGCGUCCCUCCUUGGCUCCGCCCCCCUGCGGCGGGAUAGCGGUGACGUCACGGGGCGCGCCGCGCCUCAGGAGUGGCCGCGCCGCCGUAGUGGAGAUGGCGGACGAGGCGCUGUUCUUGUUGCUGCACAGCGAGAUGGUGGCGGGGCUGUACCGCGCCGCCGAGCAGGGCGAGGGGGAGAACGGGCGCUGCACCACCAAGCUGGAGAGCAUGGGCUUCCGCGUCGGGCAGGGGCUGAUCGAGAGGUGAGUCCCGACCCCCGAGUUCGGGGCUGCCCCGGCCGCCGCCCGCCGGCAGCGCUGUCCGCUCGGUGCGAAGGCGCUCGCCGCCCUGGGGGCACGGAGUGCUGCGCUGCGGGUGUCCUUCUGCCGUUACACGCUCUGGCAUCCUCUCUCUUGGCGUCUCGCUUUUGCAGGACAGUUUUGGAGUUUACAAAAGAUACUGCCAGGUUCAAGGAUGAAUUAGAUAUUAUGAAGUUCAUUUGCAAAGACUUUUGGACAACGGUAUUCAAAAAACAAAUAGAUAACCUAAGGACUAAUCAUCAGGGUAUUUAUGUCCUUCAAGACAAUAAAUUUCGCCUCUUGACACAAAUGUCUGCAGGAAAGCAGUAUUUAGAACAUGCACCAAAGUAUUUAGCAUUUACCUGUGGACUAAUCAGAGGAGGCCUAUCAAAUUUGGGAAUAAAGAGUAUUGUAACAGCUGAAGUUUCAUCAAUGCCUGCAUGUAAAUUUCAGGUGAUGAUACAGAAGAUGUAGAGCACGUUUAAGGGUACCUACCUUAAACAUCUGUUGCGUUUGGACUCAGUAUCUUGGUUGAGUUUUGUAUGUCUCUUGUAAAUUGUAGCAAUGUACAGCACAAUUCCAAAAUAUAUAAGAAAUGUUAAUCAAAUAACACUGUCCUUGCAUCUUGGUAUGAAAUUUAUUCUAUACCAAGAUAUUAUUGUCGCACAUGAUAAAAACUGUGUACUCGAAAGUUUUCAACAAAAUAUUUCAAUUACCAAAACUGCAUAUAUUGAAGACCAGAGGCACAUUUUAAGAACAGUUAAAGCUAACCUGGAAAAAAGAAACUAAUGUUGUUUGUGUCACCUAAGGUGAACCAGCUGGGAGGCAGCAGUUGCUUUUGUAUUAUUCUGAGGAAGCCAUUAGCACAUGAACCAACUGCCUUCAUUAAGAGUGUUUGUUGGAGGCUUACUUCCUUUUUGGGAAUGAUACAGGGAAGUACAAAAGAGAACCUUCUCUAUGUAGUUGAACAGUAUCUCCUGCCUCUCUAAAAUUAGGAGCUGUUUUUUUUGUGCCAGAGUAAUUUUACAGCCAAGGCUGUCUGCUACUGACCGAAGAAGGAAACUUUUUAGCUUGUUAUGCAUAAACUCAAUAGUAACAUAAUUAUUUUUCAUCAGUUCUGUAGUAAGUAUGUGCAGGAAGAUGAUUAGGUCUGCAAGAAGCUAUAAAGACAUCUCCAGGACUUCUGAGGACAUUGGGGUUUGCUAGAUACUACUUGUUACAAGAUAUGCAUAGCAAUACGUAUCUUGAUCUAGGGAAGCAUCUUGUUUAGAUGCUUUAAAAGAAUUUUGCUGUAGACUUUUCUGUUGGCAGGUUCAGGCCGUAGGCUUUUGAAUAAAUCACAAUAGAAAGUUUACUGUGUUUAGAAAAUACCUUGUGAUGCGAUUCAGUUUCCGCUUUGACACAAAAUAAAAGGCUAAGUAGAAAAGCUAACAUUAAAAUAGCACCUUUGAUUGUUUCAACUACCUCCUGUGUUGGGACAAGUGUAUGUUGUGCAGUUGCGUGGUGGGCAAGAACAGUGGAAGCUGUUCUUCCCCAAAGUCUAGAGAAGGCCUGAAGUUUGUAGUGGAUCAAGCCUUUUCUCGAUAGCUGUUGCAAGCUGGCAAGCUCUACGUUAUAAAUGUGAUAACCAGGGGUUUAUUAUACCUGAGGUGAAGAUAUGACCAAAUUCUGAUCUUUUCAGGUACUAUGAAUGGUAGUUCAGGUUCGUUGUAGCUGAAUAACUUGACAGAAGCAUCUAGAGCAGACCUAAAACUAGCAUCUCGAGAAUCAAGAGCUCUGGUUAUUGUCAUUCACUUGGAUUUUCUUUUUUCCCUUGGCAGUUGACUACUACUCCAGCUGCAAAAGUGCCAGUCAUUCAAAGAUAUAUUAAAGGCUUCUCAGGAACUGGUUGUGUUUAAUUUUGAUUUUUAACAGCGAGGGACUUAGAUUCUACAGUAAGUGGAAAGCAAAUGUCAGUUAAUACUGUGUAUCAGUUAGUUGCUAUCAGCAGAAUUCAUGGUUCCUUUAACACGGAAUUUUAAUUGUUGAAGAUAAUUAGAACUAGAGGGAGUCCUGUACAUACCCAGCAGCUGCUGAUACUCCUGAUGAAGCACUCCAUGUUAUAUAUAUAUAAAUAUGUGAGCUAAUAUAUUUGUCACGAUACCCCACAGAAAAUAAAUUUGUUCAUUCUGUUUAAUAAAUGCUUCUAUUUAAAA